AUGGAGGUAAUGGUCCAUCAUUGGUUAAUGCAUGCAGGGUUCGGAUUCCACGGUCAGAAUGGCAGACAGUGUUAUGAAGCCUUCCCCGCAUCGCAUUUGUCCACACUGUCGCCCAACGGCCGGGACGCUAACAUCGCAAAUGGCGGCAACCCAUGGCCGGUAGUGCCACAUGGUGUGUUAUGCAAUGAUUCAGCGGGCAAGGUUAUUGCUGUCGGUGAGAAAGUGAAAUCGCUGGCUAUCGGAAAUUGCGUCGGCCCUAUUGUCGACACAGAGAAUAUCACUGGGAGGGAGUCUACACGAUCAUGGCUGACGGCGGACGAGGAUGGAGUUCUAGCAGACUUCAUUGUGUUUGAUGAGAGAAAGGUAUCAAAGUUGCCGUGUUCUCUAGAUUCGACCAAAGCCUGCGUCAUCGCGUGUGCCGGCGUCACUGCCUGGACAGCUUUACAGGGGUUUGGCAUUGGAAACAGUGUGCUUGUCCAAGGUAUCUUGGCCGGCACUGGCGGUGUCAGUAAUUUGGCUCUUAAGCCUGCUAGAUUGUCUGGUCUUAAAGUAAUCCUGAGUUCAUCAAGUGAUGAGAAAUUUGAGAAGAUAAGGAAGCAGUUUGCCAGUCCUACAUUGUUAGCAGUGAACUAUGUGACAAAUUUUGAAUGGCAUGAAGACGUUCUUAAACACACUGGCGGUCAUGGUGUUGAUCUAGUCAUUGAGAUUGGUGGCGCAGAAUCAUUGGUAAAAAGCAUGAAAUGUACAAAGCGCGGUGGAACCAUCAGUCAAGUAGGAUACUUGAGCAAGCAGAAUUCGAAUGAUCUGGCAUUACUGCUACCAGUGCUAAUUGACCCAAGGCAUGACCUGGAUGAUAUAUGUGCUGCUCUACCUGCCACACAAAUGCCACUUAGAGAUAUAAUCGAUAUUUUAUAUUCCUUUGAGAAGGCAGAUGAGGCUGUACAAUAUAUUUGA